ACUUUGUUGCUUUGGGCUUGCCGACGGCCGAUGCAGAACAAAUGGGAAACGGCUGAAGCUUCCGCUGUGCUGUGCAACGAAGGUUUGCAAAUGACUGUAAAACUUGAAGAGGACGUUGGCAUAGACAGGAUACCGAUACCGUCCGAAGUAUGGGGAUGUGCAGCGCAGUGGCUCCACCCUGAAGAUUUCGCACGGUUGUGUCAUUGCUCGUUGUCCCUCGUUCUUCGCCGCGAACAGCGACGAAUGUGGCAAUACUACUGUCACCUGGAGGGAUAUGCGCAGCGUGUAGACGCUCUCGACUUGGGCCACUUUUGGACUGGUCCAAAGGUGAAUUGGCACCGAUGCUUCCAGCUGAAUAGGCUGACAAAGUCAUCGCCGCAUGCGUUCGCAUACAUUCGGGUUGGGGAUGAGGACCUCAGAAUACCUGCAAAAUGUGAUGAUGGCAAUGACAACGUUGCGUCUGCAACGCAGGCAUGGUUGUUCGACCAUGGUUGGCGUCCUCGUUCCACUCUAGCAAAAGUUCUUUGGCAGAUGCUUGAGCCGUGCGAUGCGCCCCAUCGCUACAGGGACCUCAUUGUGGGAAGGCCAGGCAUGUUGAUGCGCCGAGCCCGUUUUUUUCGGAAGCGCUCUUCAACAAGUGCCGCAGUCGAAUGGCCUAUUGGGCGGUCACCAUCCGGUGAAUGGUGCUGGAGAAUGCCACCUUACUCCGUGGAUGAUGCAGUGGCAGCUGAGAAAUGGGAGGACAGCCCUUCUGUCCGCUCAGGGCCGCAUCCUUGGGGCCGUGGCUAUGGCUGGCUAGUAGAAUUGAACCUGCCAGAGGAGCACAGAGAAGAAAUGGGCAUACCUCUCAAUUCUGCUCCGGCACCUCGUUGGAUCCACAUUGGGCAGCGGGUGCUCGCUGGAAAGAUUACUGUCAGCGAUUUGUGCUUCGGCAUUAAAGAGCACAUCGGGGCGAUGGGGUUUGAUGUAGACUUAGAUGUGCUGCCAUCUGCCAACGAUGCUUGGGCACUGGAAGAGAAGGUGACUUCUCAAUCGUUGUUGUUGACAGACCUGCGGUGGACACAGGGAGAAAGGCUCUUGUUGAAGGAGCUUGCUGUUCCCCGUACCAGCUUGAAACUUAUACAAUGA